AGGGUCAGUGUGAGUCUCCAGUUAAUGAUUCAAAUGAACCAGUCUGUACAAUUCACCUGUUCAAAUGAAAUGACCCAGUCUGAGCAAGUCUCCAGUGUACGAUUCCUUCAUUCAAAUGACCCAGUCUGAGCAAGUCUCCAGUGUACGAUUCAUUCAUUCAAAUGACCCAGUCUGAGCAAGUCUCCAGUGAACAAUUCAGUGAUUCAAAUGAACCAGUCUAAGCAAUGCUCCAGUGAACGAUUCAUUGAUUCAAAUGCUUUUUCAUUAUCCUUAAUAAUAAUAAAAGUCUCUAGUGAAUCACUGAUUCAAAUGAUUCAAUACCUGUCUCUAUGUAGUCCUUAUUCAAAUGAUACAUUUCAUAUGUACUUACAGUUUUGUAGACUUACACUGGCUGACAAAUAUGCAUGUUUCUUAAUACUACAAGACCGUAUGCGUGACCUAUUUGAUCUAUAGCUUUAAAAAAAAAAAGUUGCUUUAAUUGAGACAAACUGAGAUGAAUUUCUACCCAACAGAAAUGUGUAGAGCCAUAAAAAGUUAAUUGAUUCAACUCACCUGUUCAGUGAGUCUCUAGUUGACGAUUCACUGAAUCAUCCUGGCAGAUUGAAUCUCCGAUGAACAGUUCACUGACUAGAAUAAUGAGUUACAUAGCGAGUCUCUGGUUAAUGAUUCACUGAUUCGGAUGAUCUUUCAUUAUUAAAUUAUCCUUAAAUAUACUUUAUUGGAAUAAUAAUAUAUAACAUGAUCUAUAUCUUUAAGUCCUUGAUUUGUGUAUUUCAUCCUCCACUAUACAAAGAAAGCACACUGUGAAAUAUAAUGUAAACCCAAUCACUCUAAGAAGCCUUUAUGUACUGAAAUUUAGCAUUGCUAUCGUUUCAAUAGGGUGUCUGUCUUCUUUGUGAAUGGUUGUGUUUAAGAUUAAUGAUUGACUCCUGCAAGAUCACACCACUGCUUUAUGGCCAUAGAUUCUUGUUCCGAGUUCAAAGUCCUUUUAUAUGAAAAGGAAAGGUACAGAAAAACAAUCAGCCAGCAAUGUGAGUGCAGGUGAAAUCAAUUCCCAAGCUGAACCCUGAUGUGAAAACACCUUCAAGACACUCUGAUCAUGGACAGCAAAGCUCCUCAGGGAUCAUCUAGUGGACAUCCAGAGCUCAGAAUUGUGCUCAUAGACAAAGAUGAUGAUAAGAAUAAAGUGGUCAAAUCCAUCCUGAACUGUGAGAAUCUGACAGGAGAGAGAGUUGGCUUAUGUACUUUAUAUAAGAGCGAACACGCAGGAAGGAAAAUCAGUGUUGUUGAAGCACCAGGAUGGCACAGAGACUCAAUACCAGACAGCAUGAAAGAAGAACUGAUCAGAAGCGUGUCCUUUUGUCCUCCAGGACCACACGUUCUGCUCCUGGUCAUCCCUGUGAAAGCUCUCUGCGAGGAACCUUCAGCUGGGGAGAUGAAAAGCGCAGAGCUGCACAUAGAGUUACUGUCUGAACGCGUCUGGAAACACACUGUGGUGCUGUUCGACUGUGAUGAUGGACUGGAGGAAUCAGCCCUCAGAGAACACAUGCGCAGUGCUGAGAAAAUCCUGGACAAGUGUGGAGGUCGAUAUUAUGUUCUCCAGAAGAGCUGCUCUCAGAUACAGGAACUCUUGAAGAAGAUUGACGAGCUGCUGGAAGAGAAUAAAGGAGACUUCUUCAUCCCGCAACAUUACUAUGAACUGAUUCAGCAGAGGAAUGAUGAACGAGAGGUCAGACGGAGACGUGGAAGUUUGCAUAAGAUUCCUCCAAACUUGAGUCAAGAGCAGGGGAAAUCAAAGGAGAAGACAGAAACUGUAGAUGCUGCCAAAAAUACUCUUUUGGAAGAUGUGCCCAAAAUCAGCAUGGACUACAGGCAGUUUGCAGUGAUAUUGAUGGUUGUAGUCUGCGCACUUCUGGGAUCAGUUGCAGGAGCUCAGAAUGGGGUUUUGGGGUCUUUCACUGGAAUAGUCUUUGGUAUUGUUGUAGGAGUUUUACUUGCAAGUGUUACCAUGUACAUUCACACUAACUUUUAUUUACAUGUUAAUUCAAAGCAGUCUACACGUACCACAUCAUAAGCGAUGCACUUUGUUCUGCACUGAUUUUUUGUUUUACCAUUUGCCCUUAUUUUCAUAUUGGAUAUUUGUUUUGCAUUUUAUACACUGGAAGCAGACUAAUCUUGUUUAUCUUUCU